AUGACUUGUUCAAUAUGGGAGGCUUGUGUACUAAUGAUCAUCCUUCUCUGCUUUACACAACAACCGGUAGUCACAACUGGUUAUUUGGUCCAUGACAUGGAGUUACUUAAGGCUUUCCGAAAUUCUCUUGUCCAGAAAAGGGAUGUUAUUCCCAGUUGGUCUGAUACAAAGACUACUCCAUGCAAUUGGACCGGGGUAAAGUGUGAAGGUGAACGUGUAAUUCGGAUUGAUUUUCCAUGUUCAGUGUCACCACUAAAUUUACCAUUUCCUGGAAAAAACAUUGGAAAAUUUAGAUCCCUGAAGCACCUGAAUCUCAACCAUUGUGCCCUUAGUGGUAAUAUACCUACAGAUGUUUGGAGUCUGGAGAAUUUGGAGACACUUGACUUGACUGACAACAGGUUAACUGGCCAGCUGUCUCCCACUAUAUCUAACCUGAGAAACCUGAAACAUCUUGUGCUUGAUGAUAAUGGUUUUUCAGGCAGUUUACCAUCAACAAUUUGUGAGCUAAAGGAGCUGAGGGAACUAUCAGUUCAUGCAAACUCUUUUUCUGGCGAUCUUUCUGAUGAGAUUGGAAACCUAGAUAAGUUGCAGUCUCUUGAUUUCAGCUCAAAUUUCUUCUCUGGUAGUCUACCUUCCAGUCUAGUUAAUUUGGCGGAGCUUCUAUACCUUGAUGCUAGUUUAAACAACUCGACUGGAUUAAUAUGUCCAGAAAUUGGAAAGCUAAGUAAGCUUAGAAUUAUUACUCUCUCAUCCAACAUGUUGACUGGAACUAUUCCUGGAACAAUUGGCCGUUUGAAGCAGCUGGAGGCGCUUGAUCUUCAAAACUGCAAAUUAACUGGAAGUAUCCCUGAAGAGAUUUUAGAAUUGAGUUAUUUGAAUUACUUGAAUGUAGCACAGAAUGAAUUUAAUGGAGAGCUUCCUUUAAGAAUUGGAAAGCUAGAAAGUCUGGUCUACUUAAUUGCUUCAAAUGCUGGAUUGUCUGGAACAAUUCCUUCAGAGCUAGGGAACUGUAAAAAGCUCAAGUUAAUAAAUUUAUCCUUUAACUCGUUUUCCGGUCCAUUACCUGAAGGUCUUUCUGGGUUGGAUUCACUUAAAUCAUUUGUGCUUGAUUCAAUCCACUUAUCCGUCCCCCUGCCUAUGUGGAUUGACAACUGGACGCAAGUAGAGUCAAUAAUAGUGUCAAAGAAUUUCUUAACUGGAUCUCUACCACCACUUUAUCUCCCUUUGCUAUCCGUUCUCGAUGUCAGUUCCAACAGGCUAUCUAGUGAGUUGUCUUCAGGGAUAUAUUUGGUGUUGUCUGGAAACAACCUCUCAGGUAAACUGCCUGAUUAUCUAGGGGAGCUUCAGCUCAUUAAUCUUAAGCUAUCGAAAAACCAAUUUUCCGGGAAGGUACCAGAUCUACUAUGGGAGUCAAAAACAUUAAUGUCUAUUUCACUCGGCAACAAUGUGCUCGAAGUUCCAAUUCAACCGACUAUUGCAAAACUUUCAUCCCUUCAGAGAUUGCAACUUGAUAGAAUCUGUGAAAUUCCCAGAUCAAUAUCUAAGCUGAAAUUGCUAGACAAUUUGGUUUUGUCUAACAAUCAGUUUUCCGGUCCUAUACAUGAGGAAACUUGUACCGGAUUCCAGAAUAUUCUUUUACCGGACUCCGAAUUCACCCAGCAUUAUGGCAUGCUUGAUUUGUCCAACUAUGAACUAACCGAGUCCAUCCCACACUCAAUUAAGAAUUGCAUAGUUGUGACUGAGCUUCUUCUACAGGGAAAUAAGCUCACAGGGAGUGUUCCUCGUGAAAUUUCUUUGCUCGGUCUCAAUGACAAGCCCCCAAGGUCUUAUACUUCUCAUAACCAGAUAAGUGGAUCUAUUCCUGAUAAUUUUGACUCCGUGAUGCCAACCACUGAGAACUACAGCAAGAGUUAUAUUAUCGGUGAUGGUGGCUUUGGUACUGUAUACAAAGCCAAACUGCCUGAAGGCCGGACUACUGCAGUUAAGAGGUUAAAUAGGGGAAACAUGCAUGGUGAUCGCGAGUUCUUUGCUGAAAUGGAAACAAUUGGGAAUGUAAAACAUGACAAUCUGGUGCCAUUGCUUGGGUAUUGUGUCUCUGCAGCUGAGAGAUUAUUGAUAUAUGAAUAUAUGGAAAAUGAAAGCCUUGAUUUCUGGUUGAGAAACCAAGCAGAGGUGGGCAACUCAGACAUCAAGUCAAGCAAUAUACUCCUAGACAGGAAUUUUGAAGCACGAGUAUCCGACUUUGGUCUGGCUCGGAUAAUUAAAGCAUGUGAGAGCCAUGUUAGUACAAUCCUUGCUGGUUCAUUAGGGUACAUACCACCUGAGUAUGGACAAACAAUGAUGGCUACAAGCAAGGGCGAUAUCUACAGCUUUGGAGUGGUGAUGUUGGAAUUGGUAACAGGACAGGCUGAUGUUGAGGGAGGUAAUCUUAUUGGUUGUGUGAGGUGGAUGGUUGCAAAUGGCAGGGAGAUUGAAACGUUGGAUCCAUUUUUUUCUGGUUCAAGAUUAUGGAAGGAUCAAAUGCUGCGCGUUCUUGCUAUUACAAGGUCUUGCACCAAUGAUGAGCAAUGGAAGCGGCCAACAAUGCGCGAGCUGACAAUUUUGUUCAUUGUGAAAUGUGCUUCUGCGUCCUUCUUGGUUGAGCUCAGGUCUCAUAAUAGCUGUGAUAGUAAAUAUGUCAGCUUUCGCUACAGCUUUACAGCUCACUCAGCUAGUGAUGAUUCUGAUGACUUUACAGUGACUAACAAGAAGUGUAUCAAGCAUGAGAUAUAUGGUACUACCAAUGCGGUUCACCAUCCUAUUGCAUGUGAUCCAUAUUUCAGUUCAAAAAAGGAUGUGGAAAGAGGACUUUUGGAAUAUAAAGUACUGAGAUUAGUAGUUAGAGAGUUUCGGGGUUGUCCUGAUCAAGUAUCGGAAUUGGAGGUUCAUACUCUUGAGAUUGAUGAGAAAUGGAGAAAUGUGGGCCAAGAUCCAAGCCCUUACUUGGGAAAACUGAGCAAUGUUAAUGUCAAUGGUGCUCUUCAUUGGCUGGAGGAUAAAUUAAAAAGUGCCAGCAUUUACUCCUUGAAUAUUAGGACAGAAGAGGUGAAGCCAUUGUUAGCUCCACCUAGUUUGAAAACUCCAUCCUUUAACUUGACACUAGCAGAGUUGGGGAAUUGUCUGUGUUUGUCUGAUAGUGGCUGUAGUCAGUAUGUUGACAUAUGGUGGAUGAAAGAGUAUGGAAUAGCUAAAUCUUGGACUAAAUAUCGCAUUUUGACGGACUCUAUUCCACUUGAUAUCCGUUGUGAUGGUUUUAUACCAGUCAUUAUUUGGAAAGAUGGAUAA